AUGAAGGCGAGGGGCGAUAUUCCCAGGGCCCACAGCCUCACGUGUGUGGGGACGGUUGUGGAGACGGACACGAGGCAGCGCCGGUGGCAGGAAGCCGCAGUAUACCCUCUGGCGAGCUUCGAGGACGGAGUCGCCGCCCAGGUCCAGACUGCCACAGGGACAUUAGAUGACAUCUAUUUACGAUACCACCUCAGCCACUCCCACCGUUAA